AUGACGCCAAAGCAGAUAGGCCCUUUUGCCCAGGCGUGGUACAAGUGGAAGGCAUUGCGCCUCCCCUGGCGGCGGCGCUUCCUCAUCGGUUCGUCCCAUUCUUCUUCUUCCCCCUUCACUAAUACUACCUUACCUACCUACAGCUUCGACCUCCAAGGCAACACCUUCUGGGAAUUCCGCCACACCCGCGGCGCACAAGACUCCGCCGAGCGCUGGCGCCGCAUCGUCUCCUACCCGCGCUCGACGCACCUCUCCCAGGUCAAGGUCAGCCCCCAGUGGCACCAGUGGCUGCGGCACGCCCGCCGCGACCCCCCUUCGCUCGACGAGCAGCGCGCCGAGGCCGCGCGGCAGGAGAGGAUCAAGUUGCUUGCUGCGCAGGCCGACGCGCGGUGGGAGGCCAAGCCUAGGGUCAUGGAGGAUCCGAGGGCGCGGGCGCGGGCGGUCCCGGCGCCGGAGAUGGAGCUGAAGGCGAAGGAGAGGAGGGGCUCGCCUUUGGUUGAGGACGAAGAAGAAGGGGAUCCUUGGGCUAGAGCAACAGCUCAUGGACCCGGCGAGAACUGGCAACCGGCGGCAUGGGAUCCCUCGGCCGCGAAGAAGAGACGAUGA